AUGCUGUUGCCGGUUGUCAAGGGUGAAUGGGUGAUGAGUGCAUUUGAUGUCAUUGUGUUGGUUCAUGUUGAUUCGGAUUCCCCGCAGAUGCCAGGCCAGGUUCUGCUCCGCAAUCUCCGAAGCCAUAGAGCCAACAACCAUUUCAUUCUCUUUCUUUCGGUCCCUUCAGGAACCGAGUCAAUUGCAAAGAGAUCAACCCAGACGUCCACCAACAUGCAAUUGGGCUUAAGGGAGAGUCUCCCUGCUCUGGUAGCCAAGCGUUUCACUGCAGCCAAGGAAAAUGGCCACCUGAUAUUCUCACAUACUCAUCUCUCCAUAAUCAACUCUGGAGGAAUCGCGGUAGGCUUGCUAACCGCGGCGUUUUUUAAGUAUCAACUUCGUUACUGCCCAGCUCUCGCAAACAAACCCUCAGGCGCUCCUAAAUCCGACAAGGACUGGCCAGGUCCUAAGCCCGAUCCUUUCGAGAAUCCCUCGACAGACCUUUUGAUCGCUCAGAUUCCUCAGGAAAACCCAAAAUAUACGCUUGUCUUGAACAAAUUUCCCGUCAUACCUAAUCACUUCAUCCUCGCGACCAAGACCUGGAAGUCUCAAACCGAUAUUCUCGAGAAGGAGGACCUGGACGCUGCUUAUGCCUGCAUCAAAGCUUGGAGGGAUAACCAGACUGAACAGGGAGACUCGGGGUCAAACAGACUAUUUGCUUUCUUCAAUUCCGGGGACGAGAGUGGCGCGAGUCAGCCCCAUAGGCAUUUGCAGUUCUUGCCAGUGGAAGACAUGUCUCAGGGUGACUCGGGAAACUGGCAGCCUCUCAUUGACACGAUUUCAUCCCAGUGGGUAGGCCCCGACUCGGAGUACCGACGCUUGAGCCAAAUACCCUUCGCCCAUUUUGCACUACCGCUGCCACCGAACCCAACGGCAGAUACCCUGCAUGCGAUCUAUUUAUCUUUGUACAGAGUAGCGCUCUGGACUGCGAAGGGAAGCCUGGAGGACCAUUCGCGAGUGACAGAUGGCCCUGCGGCAAUCAGCUACAACUUAGCUAUGACCGAGUCGAUGAUGAUGAUUUGCCCUAGAAGAUGUGAAGCUGCUCGUAUACCUGUCGACCCAAGUGCUUUACCAAAUGUCCAGGAACCUGGCGUCGUGGCCCUGAACGGCACGAUCCUAGCCGGAACGCUUAUGGUCAAAGCUGAGGCCGAGUGGAAUGAGCUUCGGCGCAAUCCGGAUACGUUGGCGGGCAUACUCGCGUCUGUCGGCUAUCCCCAGCCAGACUCUUGUGGACUCGCUUUGUUAUGA